GCUGCGGCGUGCAGGCGCGGCGGCGGCGGCGGCCAUGGCCGGGGCGCUCGCAGGUCUGGCCUCGGGCUCGCAGGUACCCCGGGUCGUCCCCAGCCCGGACUCGGACUCGGACACAGACUCCGAGGACCCGAGCCCCCGGCGCAGCGCGGGCGGUCUGCUCCGAUCGCAGGUCAUCCACAGCGGACACUUCAUGGUGUCGUCGCCGCACAGCGACUCGCUGACCCGGCGGCGUGACCAGCAGGGGCCCGCGGGGGUCGCCGACUUCGGGCCGCGCAGCAUCGACCCCACUCUCACCCGCCUCUUCGAGUGCAUGAGCCUUGCCUACAGUGGCAAGCUGGUCUCGCCCAAGUGGAAGAACUUCAAAGGCCUCAAGUUGUUGUGCAGGGAAAAGAUCCGCCUGAACAACGCCAUCUGGAGAGCCUGGUACAUCCAGUAUGUGGAGCGGAGGAAGAGCCCCGUGUGUGGCUUUGUGACUCCCCUGCAGGGGCCUGAGGCCGACGAGCAUCGGAAACCUGAGGCCGUCGUCCUGGAAGGGAAUUACUGGAAGCGCCGAAUCGAGGUGGUGAUGCGCGAGUACCACAAGUGGCGCAUCUACUACAAGAAACGGCUCCGUAAGCCCAGCAGGGAAGAGGACCUCCUGGCCCCCAAGCAGGCGGAAGAGGGGUGGCCGCCGCCAGAGCGAUGGUGCGAGCAGAUCUUCUCCAGCGUGGUGCCCGUGCUGCUGGGGGGCCCCCAGGAGGAGCCUGGUGGGCGGCAACUGCUGGACCUCGACUGUUUCCUGUCCGACAUCUCUGACACGCUCUUCACCAUGACACAACCCAGCCCCUCAUCCCUGCAGCUGCCUCCUGACGAUGCCUAUGUUGGCAAUGCUGACAUGAUCCAGCCAGACCUGACGCCCCUGCAGCCUAGCCUCGAUGACUUCGUGGACAGCUCGGAUUUCUUCAGCAACUACCGCCCUCCCCAGACGUCCAUGUCUUCCAACUUCCCAGAGCCCCCCAGCUUCGGCCCCAUGGCUGACUCUCUCUUCAGCAGCGGGAUCCUAGGCCCAGAGGUGGCACCAUCCUCCUCCUCAGCCAUGGCUCAGCUCUCAGGACAGAACCGCCUGCAGGCUCGGAGCAGCUGCCCUGUCCCUGUGGACCCCAGUGCCUUUCUGAACUCUGAUUUCCUCCUUCCUGAAGACCCCAAGCCCAAGCCCCUGCCCCUUCCCCCUCCACCCCCUUCUGUUCUUCCAUACCCUAGCCCUGCCAAAAGGCCCCUGGAGCCCUGCACCCCACCCUCCUUCCCUGCCAUGGCUCCACCACCAGCCUUGGUGCCAGAAGAGACCGUCUUCUCUGCCAGGUUCUCCUUCCCCACAGUUCCUCCUGUCCUGGCAGUGUCCGCUGUGCCUGCUGCCCCGGCCUUCCUCCCCACCCUGCAGGCUGGCCCCGCCCCCUUCCCCACAGACCAUCUCUCCUCGGGGUACCUGGAGUCUGCCUUUGGGUCUCCCCUCACAGUGUCCCAGAACAUGCAUCCCAGAGGAAAGCCCCCCACCCCCUCCCCUAGGGGACAGAGGGCCAGCCCCCCCACCGUGACCUCUGCCACUGCCAGCCCCAGCAACCCCUGCCUCACGCAGCUGCUCAGGGCAGCUAAGCCUGAGCAGGCCCUGGAGCCGCCACUCCUGCCUGCUCCCCUCAGCCGAUCCCCAGGCUCCCCGGAGACGGUCCCUGAAUUCCCUCAUGCCUUCUUUUCCCCAACGCUGGCCCCUGCACCGCCCAGGCUGCCACCUGGCCCUGCCAUGCUGGCCCCUCCCAGGCCCCUGAUUGUCCCCAAAGCAGAGCGGCUGUCGCCCCCAGCUCCCAGUGGCCGUGAGCAGCGGCUGUCGGAGGACAAGGACAACUCCAUGCCUACAGCUGGGCCACCGAGGGUUCACGUCUCUCCCCCUCCACCCAUCCUAAGCCGGGGCCGUCAAGACAACAAUAAAACUGAGAGCCGAAGGAUCACGCAUAUCUCGGCAGAACAGAAACGGCGUUUCAAUAUCAAACUCGGGUUCGACACUCUGCACGGACUUGUGAGCACCCUCAGUGCCCAGCCCACCCUCAAGGUGAGCAAGGCCACCACCCUGCAAAAGACAGCUGAGUACAUCGCGAUCCUGCAGCAGGAGCGGGCCGCCAUGCAGGAGGAGGCCCAGCAGCUCCGGGAUGAGAUUGAGGAGCUCAACGCUGCCAUCAACUUGUGCCAGCAGCAGCUGCCCGCCACAGGGGUGCCCAUCACACGCCAGCGCUUUGACCACAUGCGACACAUGUUUGAUGACUACGUUCGGACCCGCACACUGCACAACUGGAAGUUCUGGGUGUUCAGCAUUCUCAUCCGACCGCUAUUCGAGUCCUUCAACGGGAUGGUGUCCACGUCAAGCCUUCAUAGCCUCCGCCAGACCUCACUAGCCUGGCUGGACCAGUGCUGUUCCUUACCAGCUCUCCGGCCAACUGUCCUGAACUCCCUCCGCCAGCUAAGUGUGUGCACCAGUAUCCUGACCGACCCCAGCCGCAUGCCUGAGCAAGCCACACAGGCAGUCACGGAAGGCACCCUGGGAAGACCACUAUAGUCCUGGCUGACCCUGCCCAACUCCAGGGACAACUCUAAGGCCCUCUACUCCUGCCCCAGGUCCCUUUGCUGGAGAUCCAAGAGCUGCAUUCCUGUCCCAGCAACACCACUGACACUUAUCUUUGGAAAUCCAUUUUCCACUUGGCAAAAUGGGGCUAAGGAAAGCUCACUGGACAGAGAGCUCCAAGGCCUUAGUGACUGUGACUCUAGGAACUUAAGCAGGCCAUCCAGGGAGUGUUCUUCCUGCCUGGGACCCUGAGCAGGGGGCAGGGAGGAGCCCGUCCCCCCCACUCCUAUGCUGAUGACAUGGGGGCUGAAGGGUGGCUUCCUCUGAGUGGGGCAAGGGAGGUCUCACAUGUGGAAAGACCAGGGCAGGGGAAGUUAGAGUGAUCAAGCAUCUUGUGUAUGUAUGGGUGUGUUGUGUGUGGUUUUUGUACAGAUUUCUUGAACAAUAAAA